AUGGAUCUAAAUUACUUGUUCGAUAAACUGCAAAAUUAUGAAGAGACCAAAGCUCUUCAUAAAGAAAUCAUGAAGGAAUCAAGCAAGGAAAAGUAUGUUGACCUAGUGUCUCGAAAGGAAGCAAGGAAGACCAUCAGCGACUCAGAUAAUUCAGAUCAGGCUGAAGAACCUGAUAAAGAUCUCACUGAUGACCUUGUUGCCAGUGCUGCACUUAUCGUGAAGCGUUACGAAGAAAGUAGAGCAAACAGGAUUAGAAGAACACAAUUCAAAGGAAGCAGUUUAGGAAGAAGAUCCACUUCAGAGAAGAGAAACUCAGAAUGGGUGGAUGAAGAGGGGACAUGUAAAGAUGAGGGAUUGAAUGUUAAGGGUCUCAUGGCACUUGUCAAUGAUUCCAUUGAUGGUAUUUGUGACGCUGAUGAGAAGGAUGGUCUAAUGGUGAUGUUGGGUGACAAUAGUGGAAGAGCUGUUACCGAUGUUGGAACUAUUGAAUCUAUUAUUGUUAAGCUGAAGAACGUGUUUUAUGUAGAAGGUCGCAUAACUCGAAGGUUACAAAGAUUGGAUCCCUUUAACUCGUUGGUUACAAACAUUGGUUCAUGUUCUUCUUUUGUUCAUGACUGUGAAGAGGAUAAUCACAAUUAUGAUGCUAGUAAUGAAGAAGAUAAUGAUGAUGAGGAUGAUGAUAAUGAUAAUGAUGGUAUUGGUAAUGAAGAAGAUAAUGAUGAUGAUUCAGAAGCUAGUAAUAAAGAAGGGGCCAAUGAGGAAGAAAACACUGAUAAAGAUUAA